AGGAACCAAAACCAGAGAGGGGUGAAUUUGUUUGUGAUGUAUGUAGCUCUUUCUUUGACACAUCUGAAAGCCUAGCAGACCAUCUGAGUGGCCAUGCUGGUCAGGAUGUGUACCAGUGCACAGUGUGUAGCAAACCACAGCCUGACAAUGCAAUCCUCAAACAUGUGUUAGCUCAUGAAGACAAAGGCAGCCAGGACUUCAGCUGCCCGGGAUGCACCCAGACAUUCGAUCAGAAGGAUGCUCUACUGCAACAUCUGCAAACCCACAAACUCUCCAAAUAUGCCUGUCCUCUGUGCAAGUCUACAGUCAACAAUGUAGAACUGACCCGUCAUCUUGAAGAGGAAUGUUCUGCCAAAGAACAGAAGCACAGAUGCCCACUGUGCGCUGUCGUAUGUCAAUCAGUCACUCACUUGUGUACCCAUAUAAAGCAAUGUGAAAUGUCUACAGACAAGACGUUCUUCAGCUGCGAUCUUUGCAAGGUCCGAUUCACAAGUAAGGCUGCCUUGAGAAGGCAUCAAGCUCUGCAGCAUUCUGGUCCAGGACAGUGUUUGGGCUGCCCACAAUGUGAGUAUAGCACACAGGACAGCAAGUAUCAGCUAUGGAAACAUUUUACAGAGCAUGACCUACUCACUAAGUUGUGUGAGGCACCCAAGGAUGAUGUUGAAUCAACUAGUGUCACCUGUACGCUAUGUGGAUCUAGGAUGCCAGAAAAGGGGCUCAGCUACCAUCUAAAGAAACAUAAAACAGUUGAAUACAUGUUCAAGUGCAGGUUCUGUCCAGGAGAGUUUUUCACAGCUCGGCAGUUGCAUCAGCACACGGACAAACACAUCUACAAAGAUGGGGUGAUAACAUGUCCCAUUUGUGUUUGUCCAAUUAUUAGUCCAGUAGGGCCAGAGAGAGUGUGUAGUUCAAGAAUCUUGUGCAAACACAUGAAAAAGGUUCACCAGCAAUAUCUUUACCAAUGUCCUGUGUGUCAGAAAGAGAUGACCUACCGCAAGAGCUACGAAAAUCAUCUUUCGCUUCACAAGGGUGAUAUCGUGCUAGAAGCAAGGGUUGAGAUUCAGACCAGGGAAUGCGACAUUUGCGGAAAGUGCUUUUCCGGACAGACUCAGAUGCAACGGCACAGAGAAGAAGUCCACAUGAAUGUUAGGAAAUUUAAGUGUGACAUUUGCAACAAGGAUUUUAAGAGAAAGGCCGAGCUAGUCGUUCAUAUGUCCGUCCACACGGGUGACUACCCACAUCUAUGUAUGUACUGUGGCAAGUCCUAUAAACUCAAAAAUUCCCUGAACCAGCAUAUCUCCAUCCACUUGAAUAUCAAAAAGCAUGCUUGCAACCUGUGUGGGAAAGCUUUUAAUCAGAAGGUCAAUCUGAAGAAGCAUCUUGAAAGCCACAACGACAGUAAACAGUUUCAGUGUGAAGCCUGUGGGAAGACUUUCCAGCACAGUGACAGCCUGCGCACGCACAUGCGACUCAAGCACCUGGAUCACGGGAAGUCCUGUAGGUUCUGUGGGAAGAAGUUCCUUCGCACGUCGGUUCUAAAGCUCCACGAGAACGCCGUCCACAACGGCAUCAAGACCAAGAUGUGCCAGGUUUGCGGACAGGUCCUGACUUACGAACACACGCUGCGGAGACACGUGCGUCGGGUGCAUCCAGACCUUUAUGACAAGUACUACCCAGCUAGCGUGGCCGGACAAGGUAACUCGGGUGACAAAACAGUUGUUGGAAAUCUUGGCCGCAAUGCUGGCCGGAAAACGUCUGCAAGACAAGGAAAGAAAAGAGGACGAAAAGAUCAUUUCCAAAUUUCAACACAAGAACACACCCUAAGUCAGCACCUCACAGUGUCUGCAGAGGGUAGCUCAAUGGCCCAGAAUUGUGAGGAAGAAGAAGAAAUACUUUGUGCCAUUGAUGGGGUGGUUACAGACAAUGGAGACAUGAACAAAGACGCUCACACUACCGUCAUCAUCAUCAAUGAUCAGAACUCGACGGAGCAGAACAUUGUUAGCUCAGUACAGUUGGCAGAGGGGCAAGCCUCCACAAGUGCUGUAACAAGCUUAGGCCAGUGGAUGCCCAGACAGUUUCAGGGAAGUACUGAAGCAUCUUCCUGUGAAAUUAUAAUGCCUUCUGCAGAUGCAGUUAGAUAUGUGCCUUAAAGGGGCAUUAUGUAACAUUUUUUUUUGCACCAAAAGUUGUUUCAGUAUUAAAAGAAAAGUGUUUUACUGAAAAAUCUUUGUGGGACUGCAAUGUAUUUUUCAACAUAUUUGUGGAUUUAUGUUACAUUUCUUACAUUUAUGGUUGACAGUAGCAAAACAGCCCACAAAAGGCACACUCAAUUUGUGGUGCCACCACAAAUUACCAGAAUAUCAACACUAGCAUGGCUGACAGCUGUGUUUCCAGCUUUUUAAGACACUUCCUAAGGCAUCAUAUUUUAGUAUAUUUCUUCCUGAUUGGUUCAGCUUACAAAAUGUAACUUUUUGUAUCCUUCCAUUGUUACAUUAUGCAUCUUGACAUAUCAGAGUUUUCCUUAUAUACACUGUAGACAAUAUAUGUACAUUAGGAUGAGCUUCAAAUAUAUUUUGUAGUGCAGUACACAAAAAUAUGUUUAUUUGGAUUGAUGAGAACUUUGUACAAUUGUGUACAGUGUACACAUACCAUUUCUUGUUGAAAACAAUUUCAUGUUCAUCAGAAUCAACACACGAUGGUUGUCACCUUACUGUAUCUAAAUGUAUACAUAAGCUUUCAGAUGUUCGAAGGUCAUUCCAGUAUUUCUGAACUUGAUUGGAUGAAAUAAUUCAACUAUACUACAAUAAAUGAUGCCUGAUUGCA